CUAGAGGAGAGUCCACGCUCGUUUGUUGACAAUUAUCUUAAAAAACAAUUUUAUACCACACUUGAGGAUUUGCAGCCACUAACAAUGUCGAGACUCAUCGUUAAAAACCUCCCAAAUGGGAUGAAGGAGGAGAGGUUCAAAGCCAUGUUUGUGGCAUUUGGCACCGUGACAGACUGCUCCCUGAAGUUCACCAAAGAUGGAAAGUUCCGUAAGUUUGGUUUUGUCGGCUUCAAAACCGAAGAAGAUGCGAACAAAGCUUUGAUACACUUCAACAAGAGCUUCGUGGAUACAUCCAGAGUGACGGUGGAGAUGUGUAAGGCCUUUGGAGACCCCACUAAAGCUAAAUCCUGGAGCAAACACAGUCAGAGCUCCGGUCCGGACAAACCCAAAUCUGCUCCCACUGACACUGACAGCAAGAAGAAAAAGAAACAGAACAAGGAGACCAGCAGCGCACUGGGAAAUCUGGAGGAGGACGAUGGAUUCAAGGAGUUUCUGUCAGUGCAUCAGAAUCGUAGCCAAGCACCAACGUGGGCGAACGACACGAUGCAGCAGCCAGCCGACCCUGACAGAAGCUCAAAGACUCAGAGCAAGAAGAAGCCGGCUUCAGACGAUUACCUCAACUUUGAUUCCGAUCAGUCAGAUGAAGAUGAAGAAGCGGAGGAAGAGGAAUAUGAUGAAGAUGAAGGUGCCACUAAAGAAGCACUGAAGUCUGGCUUAUCAGAUAUGGAGUACCUGCGCUCAAAGGUGGCACAGACUGAGGGCACCAUGAAGGAUGAAGGUGAGGGGGUCGUACAGCAUGUAGACAGCGCCUAUGAGAGUGGAGACAGAGAAAACAUCAGCAAGACAAAAACUUCAGGCUCCUCUGAAGAUAAGAAGCAGGGCAAAGAGAAGAAAACUGCCAAGCAAGAGACCGAGCCGACAACGGAGUUCACCGUGAAGCUGAGAGGAGCCCCGUUCAAUGUGAAAGAGCAACAAAUUAAAGAAUUCAUGACUCCGCUGAAGCCUGCAGCCAUCAGGAUUGGGAAAAAUGAAAGCGGCAACAGAACAGGCUAUGUAUAUGUGGACCUUCACUCUGAAGAACAGGUGGAAAAGGCUUUAAAGAAGAAUAAAGACUAUAUAGGGGGGCGCUACAUUGAGGUCUUCCGCGUUGAUUCCUUCAGGGAUAAGAACAAGAGGGACAGUAAGGCCAAAGAAAUUGACAGAAACUUCAACAGGACGCUGAAGGAGGAUGAGGAGGAGGAAGAUGUCGCAGAGUCAGGGCGACUCUUCAUCAGAAACCUUCCUUACACAUGCACUGAAGAAGAGAUUAAAGAUUUAUUUUCUAAAUAUGGUCCUUUAUCUGAGGUGCUCUUCCCCAUUGACAAUCUAACCAAGAAACCGAAAGGAUUCGCUUUCGUAAUGUACAUGAUUCCAGAAAAUGCUGUGACAGCUCUUGCUCAGUUGGACGGACAUAUAUUUCAGGGCAGGAUGCUUCACUUGCUUCCCUCCACAGUAAAGAAGGAAAAGGCUGAAUCUUCAGAUGCUGGCGGUCCUGGCUCUUCGUCUUACAAGCGGCAAAAAGAUGCUAAAAAUAAAGCUUCAAGUUCCAGCUCACACAACUGGAACAGCCUGUUUCUGGGCACGAGUGCAGUAGCAGAUGCCAUUGCUGAAAAAUACAACACGACAAAAAGCCAAGUCCUGGACCACGAGUCAAAGGGGAGUGUUGCAGUGAGGAUGGCUCUGGGAGAGACCCAGAUUGUCCAGGAGACUCGACAGUUCCUACUGGACAAUGGUGUGAGUCUGGAUUCCUUCAGUCAGGCAGCAGCAGGCAGGAGUACAACUGUGAUCUUGGUGAAGAACCUUCCGGCAGGAGUGACAGCAUCAGAUCUGGAAGAGCUCUUCUCCCCUCAUGGCUCUUUGGGCCGAGUGCUGCUGCCGCCCUCAGGACUCACCGCCAUCGUCGAGUUCCUGGAGCCGACUGAAGCAAAACGAGCCUUCACUAGACUGGCUUACAGCAAGUUCCAACAUGUCCCGUUGUAUUUGGAGUGGGCACCUGUGGGGGUGUUUGUGGCAGCCAAACCAGAAGCAGUAUUAGACAAAGAGGAGGCGAUGAAAGAAGAAAAGAAGAAAGAGGAGGAAGAAGAAGAAGAAGAAGAGGAGGAGGAGGAAGAAUGUGCUCCUGGUUCUACACUUUUCAUUAAGAACCUUAAUUUCAGUACAGCAGAGGACAAACUACAGGAGACAUUCUCCAAAUGUGGCAAAGUCAAAUCCUGCACCAUCUCCAAGAAGAAAGAUAAAACAGGCAGGCUGUUGUCCAUGGGCUACGGUUUUGUCCAGUAUCAGACAGCAGAGGCAGCACAGAAGGCUCUGAGGCAGCUACAGCACUGUACUGUGGACGAUCAUCAGCUGGAACUGAAGAUCUCAGAGAAAGCCACAAGGGCCACUGAGGUGUCGCGCAAGAAGAAGCAAGCUGAGAAGAAGCAGACGGGAUCCAAGAUCCUUGUACGCAACGUCCCCUUCCAGGCCACCGUCAGGGAAAUACGAGAACUCUUCUGUACAUUUGGAGAGCUGAAGACAGUCCGUCUUCCAAAGAAAGCAGCUGGUACAGGGAACCACAGAGGUUUUGGCUUUAUUGACUUCCUUACGAAACAGGACGCUAAGAAAGCAUUUGCUGCACUCUGCCACAGCACCCACUUGUACGGCAGACGCCUUGUGCUGGAGUGGGCUGAUGCUGAGGACACGGUGGAGACACUGAGACGGAAAACAGCGGAACAUUUUCACGUGGUUGAAAAAAAGAAACGGAAAGCAGAAGUGUUGGAGGGGAUUAUGGAGAAGAUGGAGACUGGAGGGGAUGCGGAAGACUGACAUCCCUGAAUGCUGUCAUUACCGUGGAGACAACACCAUGACCUGUGUGGUGUGAAAGUUAAAGACAUUUUGGAUUAUAGAUGUUUUGUAUUGAAUGAUACAAGAUGGACCUGACGUCAGUUUUUAUAUAAAACUUUUAUUUCAUGAUUUUAAA